GAGCUGUGCGGCAGUACUCACCCUUCAGCCGUCGAUUAGUCUCCAGCCUCCGAGUGGGCCGUGUUGGCAAUCAAGACUGCCUGGGGUCGAGCGCACAGCCUAUGACAUACCACACGCCCAGUGUGUUGCCUUCUGCCGCAUUCGACCCGCCCACCAAGUGUAAGCCAGUCAGCACAUCAAGGCGAUGUUGUCUUCCUGGUCUUCAACGUGUUGGUCUGUGUGCUGCCUGGCUGUCUGCCUGUCUGCCUGCAGGUGGAAACAGAGCGUACUCAUCGUUCACCGACCUCAUAGUCCACACAGCUGACCGUAACUGGCACGACGGACGCGUCAUGAUCCGACAUCUGGGUGCGGAUGUCCUCAUGACGAGAGAUGCCGAGGAGCAGCUGGCCGCGGAGGUGGGCGCCCAGCCGAGCCCCAUCUGGGGGGGCUAUCGCAGGGCGGCUGACAUCGGUGAAGAGGAGCCUGAGAGAGAGACGAUUGUGAUUCUGUCUGGAGACAAGUCCAUCGACGACUUUGCUGUCUACUUGACGGUAUUCGGCAGCACGUGCUUCCUUGUCUUCACAACGGAGCGCUCCGCUCGCGGCAAGAGGGGCGCAGCGCUUUACCCACGCACAGUGGCACUCGUCCGUGGUGUGGUCAAGGAUGUGCUGAAGGCGUAGGCUGCGAUUUGGCCGUGGCGGCAGCCUUUUGGGCCGGGCCUUCCGCACUGCCAUUUGGUUGAUGCUGUUGUGAUAGUGCGUGUGUUGGUGCGGAUUGCAUGCUUCAGUGGGCUGAAUGGACAGUGCAUUUGGACGCGUCAGUGCGUUUAAGAGAAGGCGAC